AUGGAAAGACAUGUAACAGCGAAAAGAGGACAAGGAAGCCAUGACUUUGCUUGGUUGGUACAUUAUGUCCGCAGUAACAUGAUCCCAAGUUCAGUGACGAUGGGAUUGGCUAUAGCGGUUUUGCAGUUUGGUUAUGGAGGUCACUGUGGUGCUUUUCUUCUUCAUUCACAGGAUAUCAUUAAUGACAAGAAACCAAAUUUUAUUUUUCUUAUUGAGACCCUUUGUGCCUCUAAUAAAAUUGCGGAAAUACAAUCAUUAUUAGAUUAUGAUGGUUUUGUUAAUGUUGAUUGUGUUGGCCAUAGUGGUGGUUUGGCAUUUGGCCAUAGUGGUGGUUUGGCAUUACUCUGGAAGGGUGUUUCGUCAAUAAAUCUUAUCAGUUCCAGUUCUAGAUAUAUAGAUGUUGAAGUGGAACUGCCCCGAGAGGAGGUAGGGCUCAACCUAAUUAUCUUAUUCGGGGAUUCCAAGUUUCAAGCUGCUAUCUCAGAUGCACAUCUGUAUGAUUUUCCUAUGUCUGGUUAUGCCUUCACUUGGGAACAUGGUCGCACUAGUGGCAAUUUAAUUGAGGAAAAACUUGAUCAUAUUUUGGCUACUGACUCUUGGCGCCGAAAAUUCUCUCAAGCUCGAGCUAUGGUUCUUGACAAAUCUUCAUCCGACCAUCUCCCGAUCUACCUUGAACUACGUCACUUUAUGCCUCGGGCUCAGAGAACAGCGGUGGGCUUAGCUGAAAGGAUUUCUCGUUGCAGAGCACUUCUUGAGGUUUGGGGGGAAGAAUUUCGCCAUUAUCAAAAAGGGGAAUUUGCUACUUGCUUGGCUAUCAUGGCUGCUACAAUAGGUUCUCGUAUCGCAGGGGAUAAUGUCCGAUUUCUGGAGGCAAAAAAUAGGUAUCAGGAAUUAUUGUUACAGAAGGAAAUUUUUUGGAAACAACGUGCUAAAGAGUUCUGGUUGCGGGAAGGUGAUGCUAAUACCUGUUUCUUUCAUCGAAGAGCUUCAGCCUGUCAACAACAGAAUCGAAUUUCUUCUUUGAGAGACGAAUCUGGUAACUGGUGUCACUUGAAUUCCGGGUUAGAGGAUCUCAUGCCUGUUAUCACCGAGGAGCAAAAUGAGUUCUUGUUAGCUCCUUACUCAAUUGAAGAUGUUCGGGCAGCAGUGUUUGAUAUGAAGGCCGACAAAGCCCCGGGACUUGACGGGUUCAAUCCUGGCUUCUUCCAAGGCUACUGGGACAUUAUAGGUAAUGAUAUUGCUCUAUACUGUAUUGAGAUAAUUCAUAGCAGGUCUAUCCCUGAUUAUCUGAAUGUGACUGGUUUGGUUUUGAUUCCUAAGAAAUCAUCCCCUGAAUCUAUGACUGAUUUGAGACCGAUUGCUCUUUGCAAUGUUCUGUUAAAAGUCAUUACUAAGAUGCUCGCAAAUCGUCUUCAAAUCGUCUUCGCACUAUUCUUCCGCGUCUGUUCGGAAAGCCAAGAGUGCCUUUUUGUUGCGGGUAGGAAAUAUUCGGAUAAUUGUACUUUUGAAGCUUUACAUGCAUUUCAUAGGACGACUAGGGGUUCUAAUUUUUCUGCAGCUGUCAAAAUGGACAUCAGUAAAGCAUAUGACAGAAUGGAGUGGUCCUUUCAUCGUCAAAUGUUAACUAAGUUGGGUUUUCAUGCUCUAUGGAUUAAUCUUAUAAUGUCUACUCUAACUUCGGUUAAGUACUGGAUUUUGCGGAAUAACAGAGAGCUUGGACCCAUUAUCCCCACUCGGGGUUUGCGACAGGGUGACCCUCUAUCCCCGUAUUUAUUCAUCAUCUGUGCUGAAGGCUUAUCAAAUAUAAUUCAGAUGUCUAUUCAGAAUGACAAUUUGAGUGGUUUUCGAGUUUGUCGGAGAGGACCGUUAAUUUCUCAUCUAUUUUUUGCUGAUGACAGUUUGGUGUUUUUGAAGGCUUCGGUUCAAGAAUCACAAUCUCUCAAACAUAUUUUGGCUAUGUACUCUCAAACAUAUUUUGGCUAUGUAUGA